CUGUCCCAGUGUUGGACGGCCCACAGGUAUUCCCGCCCUGCCUCCCAGGGCUUCGCACUCUGAGCUCUCCUUUGAAGUACAAACUCCAGCAGCCUUCAGGGUCCUGCUGUGACAGAAAAGAUGGUCCUUAAAACCGAAGAAGAGGAUGUUCCCAGUGACCUGACUGCAGAGGAGCGCCAGGAGCUGGAGAACAUUCGGCGGAGAAAGCAGGAGCUGCUGGCCGACAUCCAGAGGCUGAAGGAUGAGAUAGCAGAAGUAGCUAAUGAAAUUGAAAACCUGGGGUCCACAGAAGAGAGGAAAAAUAUGCAGAGGAACAAACAGGUAGCCAUGGGCAGGAAAAAAUUCAACAUGGAUCCUAAAAAAGGGAUCCAGUUCUUAAUAGAGAAUGAUCUGCUGAAGAACACCUGUGAAGACAUUGCCCAGUUCUUGUAUAAAGGUGAAGGGCUCAACAAAACAGCCAUUGGCGACUACCUGGGGGAGAGAGACGAGUUUAACAUCCAGGUUCUUCAUGCGUUUGUGGAGCUGCAUGAGUUCACCGAUCUCAACCUUGUCCAGGCCUUACGGCAGUUCCUGUGGAGCUUCCGGCUGCCGGGAGAGGCGCAGAAGAUUGACCGGAUGAUGGAGGCGUUCGCCCAGCGCUAUUGUCAGUGCAACCACGGGGUGUUCCAGUCCACAGACACUUGUUAUGUCCUCUCAUUUGCCAUCAUCAUGUUGAACACCAGCCUGCAUAACCCCAAUGUCAAAGAUAAGCCCACCGUGGAGAGGUUCAUCGCCAUGAAUCGAGGCAUCAAUGAUGGGGGAGACCUGCCCGAGGAGCUGCUCCGGAACCUGUAUGAGAGCAUAAAAAAUGAACCCUUUAAAAUCCCCGAAGACGAUGGGAAUGACCUCACCCACACUUUUUUCAACCCAGACCGAGAAGGCUGGCUAUUGAAGCUUGGUGGCAGGGUAAAGACCUGGAAAAGACGCUGGUUCAUUCUGACUGACAACUGCCUUUACUACUUUGAAUACACGACGGAUAAGGAGCCCCGGGGAAUUAUUCCGCUAGAGAACCUGAGCAUCCGGGAGGUGGAAGACUCCAAAAAACCAAACUGCUUUGAACUUUACAUCCCCGACAAUAAAGACCAGGUGAUUAAGGCCUGUAAGACGGAGGCUGAUGGGCGCGUGGUUGAGGGGAACCACACGGUCUACCGUAUCUCGGCCCCAACGCCCGAGGAGAAGGAGGACUGGAUCAAGUGCAUCAAGGCGGCCAUCAGCAGGGACCCUUUCUACGAGAUGCUGGCCGCACGGAAGAAGAAAGUGUCCUCCACGAAAAGACACUGAGUCUGCACAGCCAGCGGGGCCCACGUGCCCGGCGAGUGCUUUCCAGCCAGUGAGGCCCGGGGUGGCCGCCGCGCCUCCGACAGAGUGGGAGCGUCUGGCCAAGCAUCACCCUGAAUUCCUAGAGACUAGCUUCAGCUUUUGCUAAUUUUUUUAAGUGGGAGAAGGGUAGAUGGUCACCCCUGAGGAAGGGGGCCUGACGCCUUCACACUUGGGUUUUGAGCCUUUCUCUCUAAAAAAGAACAGAGCUCCUGUCGGCCAGGCCGCCCCCCGCAGGUCUCCGCUCAGCAGGUCUGAGAGCAGAGCUCAGAGCCGACCAUUUACCUCUCGGUUAUUCCCUGGGAAGAAGCCUUCAACCCUGUACCAUAAAUACGUGUAUCCGUAUCUUAUUAUAUGUUAAGAAAAAGGCGGGAAUGGAAGAGAAGCCACAUACUAUAAAGAUAUAUUUUUGUUUUUUAAAGAAAGAGAGAAAGUAGAGCUGUCCAGAUGCAUUCUGUCCCAUGUGCUUCGGGAAGCUUCUCCCUGGAGAAGAAGCUCUCUGGACCACUGCUGCAGGUGUCAGCCCAGGGCAGGGGCUGGGCAGACUGCCUCCCCGUGCUCAUAGGGGCUUGGCUGGGUGGGAGAGGGGGUGGCGAGAGGGAGGAGGGGGCCACGCAUCGAGGACAGCCUCGGGGUCUGCAGGGCAGCGCCAGCCACUCCAGUCAGUGCUUGUCCUUCCUGGUGCCUGGGGAGCACCACGGGGAGAAGGGAGUCUGCCCGCCGCCUGCGCUCUUCUUUCUCUUUCAGGAGUCCUUCUUGUCGGGCUUUAAAAUAGAAAGUCAUCAUCUUUCCUCGAGCUACAUACCUAAUAACCAAAACUGUGAGGAAGGCAGUCCCAUCCGAGGGUCUGGGAUGACCUGUUUCUUAUUUGGUUUUUCUUCCUUCUGCCCCUACACUCCAUUCCUCGUUUUAGAGGAAGGAGCGGGUCUGACCUGACCACCUGAGGGCUUCGGCCUUCCCUGCCUCAGAGCUGGCCCUCACUUGGACCACACCAUGGGUUUAGUGGUGGCUCUUGGAGGGGAGCGGGCCUUCACCUGCGUGGCAGGGCCAGGGCGGGGGGAGCCAGGGUUGAGGGCUCGGCCCCCACUCCUGACACAUGGCCAGAAGGAGCCGCGGCCACCGCUCUCCUGCCGUUCUCUCAGGGACUCUCGUCCGGGCCCAGCACCCAGUCCAGGCAGAGCAGGGCCGGCCGGGCCAUCGUUGCCAGACCCCUCCCAGGCCGUGUGACCCCGGCUCCCCCGACUCCUUCCAGGCAGGCUUGCAUCUCUGGAAAUAGCUUUGAUAAAGGGGGGUGGGGGUGCUUUCUGGGCCCUCCCCUUGGUGUAGGUCCUCCCUGGAGUGGUUUCAGGCAUUUUAAUGCCGGAGCUUGUGAAGGUGACAGAAGAGGGUCCAGGCUGGUAACCUGACCUUUCUGGGUGAGAGAGCCAGGGCAGGGCCAGCCGAGAGCCAGGGAGUCUGGGCCGGUGCUGGAGCCCCUCUGGUGAUCUGAGUCCUUGGCCCAGGUUCUGGUGAAUAUUACCUAGACAGAGAGGCACCUGGAUCAGUAUUAGUCUAUUUAUCAGAGGUGUAAAUAAUCCAUGUAUAGUUUUUCUCCUUUUAGAUUAUUUUGUAUUUGUUUUAAAAAAAAGUUUUGUCAAAAUAUAAACGACUGAAAGUUGUUGACAGGGUUUUUUAAAAAUUAUAAUUAUUAUUCCAAUUUCUUUUUGUUUGUUUGUUUUUUGCAUUGUAAACUAGCGCCAAGGAACUGCAGCAAAUAAACUCUAAAUCUGCCCAAA